AUUACUGACUUGCGCCUCGCAAUCUUACAACCUCCACAUUCCCUCCAUAUUCGCCAAAAUGCUUCAUCUUCUACCGCUCUCGACUUUGCUUCUCGUAACACAGACUCUGGCCGCAACUUCCGCCCGUACCGAGUCCAAGCCUCUUCCUUUGCUCAUAUGGCAUGGCCUAGGCGACAACUACCAGGCAGACGGUCUUCGUAGCGUCGGUGAACUCGCAAACGAGACAAACCCGGGAACCUAUGUAUACUACAUCCACAUUGAUGAAGAUGCCGGGAGUGACCGGACGGCGACGUUCUUAGGCAAUGUCACAGAGCAGAUCGCGAAGGUCUGCGACGACAUCGCAGAGCAUGAAGUCCUCUCCAAAGCACCAGCCCUCAAUGCCCUGGGUUUCUCACAAGGCGGACAAUUCCUGCGCGGAAUGAUCGAACGUUGUGGAGAGCGAGUAAAGGUCAAGAAUCUGGUGACGUUUGGCAGCCAGCACAACGGCAUCGCGAAAUACCAAAUCUGCAAGGAUGGAGACUGGCUAUGCAAAGGCUACAUUGGCCUACUAAAAGCCAAUACCUGGGGCACAUGGGUCCAAGGCCAUCUCGUCCCAGCCCAGUACUUCAAGGCCACCGACGAAACAACGGGCGAGCCUACAGACGAAUACCUCGAAUCCUCAAACUUCCUCGCCGAUAUCAACAACGAGCGCGUACUGAAGAACGUAACCUAUGCUAAGAACCUCGCUGCGCUCGACAACUUCGUCAUGUACGUGUUCGAGGACGAUACGACGGUCAUACCAAAGGAAAGCGGCUGGUUCGCAUACACAAACACUACCUCAAAUGAGGUCACAGACCUGAGGGAUCGCGACAUCUACAAAGAGGACUGGAUUGGGCUCAAGAAGUUGGACCAGAAGGGCGGUCUGCAUUUCAAGACUACAAAGGGUGGACACAUGGAUUUGGGCGACAAGGUUCUAAAGGACGUAUUCGAGGCCUACUUUUCGCCUGCCAAGGCGGCUUGGGGAGGUAUCGUGAAGGAGGCGCAGGAAGCCAUUGAAUUGUAGGUUUUUUGGGGAUUAAUGUAAGGGUUGGAUGUGUUGUAAAAGAUGAAUUCGAUGGUAACAAAA